AUGAAAAAAACAACUGUUGCAUUCGGUUCAGCUUCAAUGCUGCACUUCAAACUGAUUUGUUGUUGCUGGUCUUGUUGUGAGCUUGCUGCUGGUCAUUUGUUGCAGUGCAGGCCAAUGUUCAACACCUUCUCAACUUCGAAAUAUGGUUCAAAUCCCACUUUUCCCCAUUUUUAUUCUAUUUCUCUGUUUCAUAACCUUAUUUCAAGCCACUUCUGCAAGCUCCAAACCCACUGGUCUAAGCAUGAAGCUCAUCCGAAGGACUUAUUGUUCCCUAGAAACCUCACUACAUUCCAAAGAAUAAAAAGAUUGGUGCAACUUUCAGUUAGAGCCCAAAAUUUCGAUUCUUUUCUGAGUCUCAAUCAAUCAGAGGAUAAUGUCCUAGUACAUUUACCAUUAUGUCAUGUUCCUAAGGAUUUAGCAUAUGUGGUCGAGUUUAAAAUUGGAAACAAGCCCCAAACGGUGAAGUUGCUGAUGGAUACAAGUAGUCUGAUUUGGACACAGUGUGCGCCUUGCAUAAAAUGCUACCAACAGAAGACCUCCCUUUACAACUCUCGAAUUUCCAUGACCUACAAGAAGCUUCCAAGCAAUCAACCAUUUUGUCAAGGCCAAAACAGUCCGUUCAGGUGUCAUAAUAACGAAUGCGUCUACGACAUCCGAUAUGGUGAUCUGUCUCAACCUACUACACCUAGAACCAAAGGUGUUGCAUCUUUCGAAACAUUCUAUAUUCCUGUUGAUUCCUCCCACACUAGAGUGAUUAAUGAUAUGAUUUUCGGAUGCUCCAAUGACAACUCAGAUACUGGUUUUGAGAAUAGUCAAAUUUCAGGAAUUCUAGGAUUAAGCCAGGGACCAGAUGGACUAACAAGCCAGUUAGCCAAGAGAGGCAUCAUUCAGAAUCGAUUCUCAUAUUGGUUAGUCCCUUUCCAUGAUGAAUUGAAGCGACCAAGUAUCCUAAGGUUCAGAGACAACAUCCCCCGACCUGUCGAAAAUCUUCGAUCAACUCCCUUCCUAAAUAUCGAUCGCAACCAUUACUCUGUUGAACUGUUAGAUAUCAGCGUAGGACUCUAG